GCCAAAUUUUGACAAGAUUGAUAUGCAUCUCUGUCUACCUCACUCACCUUUUACAACAACUUUGCCUGCGACACCAAACUCACUCACAAGCACAUGAUCUUCAACAGACCUUACAAUAUGAAUGGCCAAUCCCAAGAAGCUUAGGUACUUGCCGCUUCAUGAGGACCACUGCGAAAACGCUCUUACCCGGCAUGUGGUACAAAACACUGGUCCCGUGUGGUCAUUUCAUCUGGCGACCAAGCCGCGCACACGGCGCGGCCUUUCCAUUUCAAUAUGAGGGCAUCCGCCGGACGCAUUCUGCAAGUCCUACUACUGGGAAAUUGCAACCGUAUCCCGGGCAGAUAGAGUCCAUAAAAAGCGUAGUAGAGAGGAUGCGCGCUGUUGGGAUUGUGCUUCCAAACGACAAACUCCGCAAAAUCCAAACGAAAUUCACAAAAGUCUCCAAAAAGGCUAAAAUAAACGACCCCAUAAUGCAUGCGCAAGAAAGAGCCACGGCACCAGUCAAGGAACUUCUCUCGUUUUCCGUGAGUGCUUGGCCAUGGCACCGGGUAACGGACAUUGUCCAGGCUGAUUAUUUCUCCACCCCGAAGCCUCUGACGGGGAGGGUGGCCUCACGCCUCAUCCACCGGAGCCAGACGGAGCCUUUGUGGAUUUGUACUGCGGUGAGGGGCAGAUCAAAUCAGUCCCUUCACAUCAACAACUGUUGCCAGUCGAUAAGGACUCAGCAGGUAAAAAGAGCCUUUCAGGUGGCGCUUCGGAUGCACGGCUACGAUAAGCACGGGAGAAGGUUUGAGGAAUCGAGCGACAAGCCUGAACAGCUGUAUGGGACGUGCAAUCUUGUUGCCCAUAUGGACGACGCUGCCAGUAUAAAAAAGCCGGUCCUUGUUCAAUAUUAUUAUGACAUAGUCGGCCAGCUGAUGCCGCAUUUGGGGUGCGCUUCUGGCGAGAUACCACCCGUCCCGCUACACCACCGAAAUACGCAACAAGAAGGGACUGAAUAAAUGGCUCGUGAGCCGCGAUCCAAGAAGUACACAUCAAAGAUGCGGGACAGGGCUGUACUAUUCUUAUUUUGUAUAAUAGAAACAUGAGCCGGUCAACCUAUCCAAGUUACCUACGUAAAUUAAUUGUAUCCGGCGUGAAUCGAACUUAUGUUUGUCGCCUGCUUGAAUUGCUUGACCCUAACCCUUCGAAAGAGG